GGUAAUCUGUACAACCUUCACAUUAUAUUUUCCCUUUCUGUCUGGAUCAAAGGAAUGGCUGAGUAUAAGUGUGUGCGUGGCCGCUCCAACGGCUUCCGGUAGAAUGGGUCAAUCCGCCACCCAUUGCCCACCACAUAUACCAUAUUUCAAUGGAGCAAUUUUAUCUCCAUCUCUUAGUUCUUCUUGUUUUGUCCAUCCUCCUACGCUUCCUCAUAGCCCCAGGCCAUGCGCCUGAAGAACCGCCACUGGUUUCUUCCAGGAUUCCCUUCAUCGGGCACCUCAUCGGUUUAGCACGAUAUGGAAACCGAUAUUAUGUCCGCCUUAGGUAAACUCAUGCAUAUAAAAAAGAGCGACGUCGGCUAAUCGGAGCGAUCUCUCGUAUUCAGCGCGCAGAGCCAGCUACCUGCUAUCACAAUCAACAUCUUCAGGCAGAAGAUUUACCUCAUAUAUUCUCCCGGUCUCCUAGCGGCGGCCCAACGUCACGCCAAAUAUAUAUCAUUCGAGCCAUUUGCGGCGCUCGCUAUAAAACGGGCUGCUGGAAUUAAGGGAAAUGGGCCUAUAGUAUCGUCGAGUUCUGAAAAGGGGAGAUCCAGUUUUGACAAACAAAUGAAAGAUGCUGUUCAUUCUGUUCUGCUUGGAGAGGCAAUGAUAGGAAUCACCCAUGCAUCCGUAGCAGCGAUCAAAAAGAGCGUAGAUGACUUGAGAUCCACGGAGGUGGUGGAUCUCCUUACCUGGUGCAGGCAUGUCCUCACCAUGGCCACAACCGACUCUAUAUACGGACCUAUGAAUCCAUAUAGAAAUCGAGAGGCUGAAGCUGCAAUAUGGUAAGGUUUCCGAAAACCGAGCAAGAAGUGAACGAGCGAUAUUAAUCGUAAAAUUUAGGGAAUUUGAUUCUGGCCUGGGAAAGUUAAUACUGAAUUUUGCCCAAAGAUUCAUCGCCCGAGAAGCAUAUCAGGCGCGGGAGAAACUCGUGAAACGGCUCCUUGAAUACUUCGAAAAAUGUGGCUAUAUCAACGCGUCGUCGUUUGUGCAACGAAGAUUAGAAGUAGAAAGAAAAGCCGGCACGACGCUUGAAGACAUCGCCAGGCUCGAAACUUUAAUGGUCCUGCCGCUUCUGAGCAAUUCUGCCCCGUCGACCUUUUGGGUGCUCUUCGACAUUUUCUCUCGACCAGACUUGCUCGAAGAGAUCCGCAAGGAAAUUGUCCAAAAUGCCCUUCAGUUCAAACCAUGCGACGAUUCGAUGGGCAAACCAAAACAAAUGUACACCCUUAACAUGAAUAACAUCCGCGAUAAAUGCCCCCUCCUUGUCGCAACAUGGCAAGAAACACUCCGCUUGCGUGCCAACACUGCCUCAGUGAGGUUUGUUUCCAAGGACACAAAGCUGAACGAUACAUACCUCCUCAAAGCCAACAGCAUCGUACAAACGCCUGCGAACGUGCUAAAUGUGGAUCCAAAUAUAUGGGGCCCUGAUGCGCACCUUUACAACCCCAGUCGCUUCCUUGAUACCAGAGCCUCUCCUGGCGCAGGCGGCGAUAGGAAACGCGAUCGAAGGUGGAACGGGUUGAUGACCUUCGGGGCCUCCCCAUGGACAUGCCCUGGUAGGCACUUCGCCACUGCGCAAAUCCUUGCCCUCGUUUCCUUGCUCGUGAUGAAAUUUGAUAUCUCGCCCGUUGUUGGAGACUGGGUUUCCCCGCGCAUCAACCACAGGAGCAUGGCUUUAGCAAUUUCAAUUCCAGCAGAAGGCUUAAUGGUGAAUGUUGUUACAAGAAAGGAAGUUAAAGGUAUUGACUGGGAAUUCCAAAUGAUGGAAGGAAAAGGUAAGUUUGGGCUUAUUGUUGGGUAG